CCUUUUUUUUUUUGAAACACUAAUAUAAAAAAAUAUCGCCGCUACUCGAAAACCUAUCAUCCCGAUCUUCCCAACUUGUUCCAAUGGAGGGAUCCGCGACCAAAGGGAUGAGUCUGCUGACAUUGAACGAAAGUGAGACCAAGAAAACCAGACCAAAAAACAGCUACAUUGGGAGGAUUCUCGUGAAGGGAUAUAACACUCAGUUGUCCCAUGAUGACGUGGAAAGCUCGUUGAGGAAACUUUUCUCUUCAUGUGGAGAGAUCACUGAUGUUUACAUCGGCGUACUCGCGAAUAAUACUCUCAGAAGUUUUGGUUUUGUUUAUUUUCGCGGAGAAGGCGCAGUGGACAAGGCGUUGCAGCUUAGUGGACGUGACAUGGGAGGAUGGAAUGUCAUUGCUGAUCCUCAUCCGUUUCCGAAAGAUGCAGACUGCUGCCCUGUGGUAGCAGUUCAAGGAUAUGACACUAGUCUUAGUAAGACUGAUAUCAAGAAAGUGUUGACUACACAUUUCUCUUCAUGUGGAGAGGUCACCGAAAUCCGGAUUCACAAGCGCAUAGGUGCAGCUGCCGUUUAUGUUUAUGGAGAAUGUGCGGAAGAAAAGGUGUUGGGUCUUGAUGGGAGCUACAUUGGAGAACACCAAAUAAUUGUUAAGCUUGUUAGUGCGCGGAGAAUAUACACCGUCCACCCUCGUCGUCGUCAUCGCUGUCCUUUCCCUGUUAAGAAGGCUAAGAUGACUUCUGAAGAGUAGAAAAGCUCUCGGAUCUACUGGGAGAAUACAAAGACAAAUCUCUUUGUUGUUUGUACUUUGUGAAGUAAAUUCAACCUUCUGUCUAGUACUUUUUACGCUUUUUUCUUUCUUCUAGAUUUUAAAAUCAACUCUGAUAAUCGUCUUCUGAGUUCAUUCGAACUUUUAUGUAUUGUAUUUUUGUUUCGAGC